AGAGCACAAAUACUCGGAAAGAGAAAGAGAAUGGUUGGGUUCACGAGCUUUAGCCUAAGCCCUCUGCAACUAGUCAUCCCCUGGAAAAAAAAAACCCAGAAUUGUUUAAACCAAAAAAUCGAAAAAAUCUUGCAUCUUUGAUCAUAGGAGCCACCAUUUCUGAGGUGGGUGAGAGCUUCACGGGGUCGAACCCAUCUCAGUCUCUUUCUCCUACCACCCACCCAAAACCCUUUUCAAUCAAUCCAGUGGUCCGCUUCCCUCCACGUCACCACCGGCCUCGAUCAUCAGCAGCGCUGUCUAUAAUGUAACAGAGGAAGAAAGCUCGGAGCUUGGGAUUUGUGUGAAGUUGGGAUCUUUGUGUGUAUAUAUAGAGGAGAUGGAUCGGUCUAUGCUGACAGUUGGGCCGGGUAUGGAUAUGCCGAUCAUGCACGAUAGUGAUCGGUACGAGCUGGUUAAGGAUAUCGGGUCGGGUAAUUUUGGGGUGGCCAGGCUCAUGAGGGACAAGCAGACUGAGGAGCUUGUUGCUGUUAAGUACAUAGAGAGAGGUGAGAAGAUAGAUGAAAAUGUACAAAGGGAAAUUAUAAACCACAGGUCAUUGAGGCAUCCUAACAUUGUCCGAUUUAAAGAGGUAAUAUUGACACCGACUCAUCUGGCUAUUGUGAUGGAAUAUGCAUCUGGAGGAGAGCUCUUUGAGCGGAUAUGCAAUGCAGGGAGGUUCAGUGAGGAUGAGGCACGUUUCUUCUUUCAGCAACUUAUAUCAGGAGUCAGUUACUGUCACGCAAUGCAAGUGUGCCAUCGGGACUUGAAGUUGGAGAACACAUUGUUAGAUGGAAGUCCUGCUCCUCGUUUAAAAAUAUGCGACUUUGGCUAUUCAAAGUCUUCUGUGCUACACUCGCAACCAAAAUCAACUGUUGGUACCCCUGCAUAUAUUGCUCCCGAGGUGUUACUUAAGAAAGAAUAUGAUGGCAAGAUUGCAGAUGUCUGGUCUUGUGGGGUGACCUUAUAUGUCAUGUUGGUGGGUGCAUACCCAUUUGAGGAUCCAGGGGAGCCUAAGAACUUCCGCAAGACAAUACAUCGUAUAACGAGUGUCCAGUACUCAAUUCCCGACUAUGUUCAUAUAUCUCCAGAGUGCCGUCAUCUGAUCUCAAGAAUUUUUGUGGCUGAACCGGAGAAGAGGAUAACAAUUCCUGAAAUAAGGAACCACGAAUGGUUUCUAAGGAACCUUCCAGCAGAUCUCAUGGUUGAAAACACCAUGAACAGCCAGUUUGAAGAGCCCGAUCAACCCAUGCAAAGCAUAGAUGAGAUCAUGCAAAUUAUUGCGGAAGCUACAAUACCGGCUGCAGGGACUAACAAUCUCAACCAGUAUCUUGCUGGCAGCCUGGACAUCGACAACAUGGAGGAGGAUCUUGAUACUGAUCCUGACGACCUUGACAUCGACAGUAGCGGGGAAAUAGUGUAUGCAAUUUGAUAUUAUUUUCAGUCACAAGGCUGCAGAUAUAGGAUUGGACUAAGGGGCUUUUAACCUUCCGUGGCCGUGGAGGGUUGUCUGGUGAAGUAUUUCUCUCAGUUUUUAGAGUCCGUCCUCCUGGCUUUUCUGUUUUCUCAUCUUUUUUCAGUGACAUACUUCUGUUCAUCUGU